AUGACAGCUUCCAGUCGCACUUUGCCUGAUCUUUAUGAGGCUGCAAUUGCAGAACGGGUAAUACCAAGGCGGCGGAAAGUUGACGGCCCACGGUGCUCGCACAAGCAUUUUUCAACUCUCGAAUUCACUGGGCUCCAAAAUGCUGGAUGCCUAUAUAGGACUGAUCGCAAGUCAGAAGAUCGAGUCUAUUCUGGCGAUCUUUGGGAAAUAAUCGGUGAGCGCAGUAUAGAGGUGAUGCAAGAAGAAAUGUUGCGCAGGCACCAGUAUAUCUGUACUGGUGGGGACAGUGGAAGGCAUGCUCUUGUAGAGCAAGUUCUCAUGGACGAGAGGAAGAAACGGUGUCAGAUGGAGGUGUCCUUGUAUAGUCAGGCGAUCGAGCUCUUGGAACAACACUGGAUGUCCUGUUCGAUAGCAACACAAGAGACGUUCAAAGCUUGGCUAACGAGGAACAAUGCCCACCACCUUGUUCCGUGUUCAGAACCUUUGAUUGAGAAAAAUUUACAUUCGGAUGGUUCUACUCUUUCAGUCUUUGGUCAAUCGGCCUCGCAAGCAGGAAGACCAACAUCCAUCAGUUUGAAUUGUAUUGGCUCCUCAUUUUCUCUGUCAAGUACAUGGGUCACUUCCAAUGUCCAAGAAAAAACUUUCAUGGCAUUCCAAGCAGAACUGGCCAUGCAGGCGGGGUUGAUGGUGACGUCCCUUGCUACUAGGCGUAACAAUGCUCGUCUGCGUAACCUUGGGCUGGAUUUGCUCAUCUUGCGGGCAAAGCUAUGCCGCGCCCAAGCUGAGAUGGAGCUCUACACAAUGGCUAUUGAAAAUUCCCAUGUGUGCGGCUUCUGUGAUGGCAGUUUGUCCACGUCCCCAGAUCUGAUUGUUCCACGACAUCUACCCAAGGAAGUAGACCUCAUCCACGAUGAGGAUGACGAUGAGGAUGACGACAGUAAUGGCACAGGCAGCAAAGACUAUGAUGAUAUCAAUGUUUGGUGA